AUGGCCAUCACCGAAGCAAAGGUGGACCACCGGCCAGUGUUCUUCUUUGACAUAGACAACUGCCUGUAUCCCAAGAGCAACAAUGUGCAUGACCACAUGGCCAUUCUGAUCAACAAAUACUUCAUCAAACACCUCGCUGUCUCGACCGAAGAAGCGACGCGAUUACAUCAGCAGUACUACAAGGACUACGGUCUUGCGAUCGAGGGACUAUCGCGUUUCCACAAGAUCGAUCCUUUAGAUUUCAACCGGGAAGUGGAUGACGCUCUCCCCUUGGACGACUUGCUUAAACCCGAUCCCGAGAUAUUCAAGAUCCUGGAGUCUUUCGACAAAUCCAAAGUCAAGUUAUGGCUCUUCACCAACGCGCACAUCACGCACGGCCGCCGUGUGGUGAAGCUGCUGGGCAUUGAACAUUUCUUCGAAGGAAUUACUUACUGCGACUAUACGGAGAAGCGACUUGUGCCGAAGCCGCUGCCUCAAAUGUUCGCGAAAGCCGAGCGUGAAGCAAGUGUCCCUGCUGGCACCCAGGUCUACUUCGUCGACGAUUCGCACUUGAACUGCGAAGCAGCAUACGCUAGAGGAUGGAGAAAUACGGUCCAUCUGGUAGAACCAUCGGUGCCCAGCCCAGCAAAGAAAGCAAGUGAAUUUCAAAUCAGUCAUCUCAGAGAAUUACUGGGGCUGUUCCCAGAAUUAUUGAAGAAUUAG